CUUAACCCUUUCGACGCUCGACAGAGAGUGUCUCUUUUUAAUUCUUCUCUUUUCGACAAGUUCGUUCUCUUACGAAGAUCGACACAUUUGCAAUAUCACGACUCCAACGCUUACAGCCAAUUAUCGGCUCUACAUACAGUGCAGUUACAUGUCUACACCUUACAGUUACUUAUCGUUAUAGCUGUUUCAUAUGUAAACACCAUAUGACUCAACCAUACCUGUACACAAUCAACAAGUGAACAUAAAUUUGUGAGAGGAAAUCCUUAAAAAAUGGUUAACCCAGGCAGGAUCGUUGUCCUGAUAGAUAUGGAUUGCUUUUUCUGUCAAGUGGAAACAAAGUUACAACCGCAAUAUGCGGGAAAACCGCUUGCUGUGGUUCAAUAUAAUCAGUGGGAAAUGGGCGGAAUAAUAGCUGUGAAUUAUGAAGCACGAAAUUUUGGAGUAACCAGACACAUGAGAGGCAAAGAAGCUAAAGAGAAAUGUCCAGAUAUAGUUCUAGCCAGUGUGCCUUGUCUUCGUGGGAAAGCAGACACAACCAGGUAUAGGAAAGCUGGUCAUGAAGUUAUUAAAGUUAUAAGAAAACACUGUAAUGUGAUAGAACGUGCUAGUGUUGAUGAAGCUUAUCUUGACAUCACAGAUAUUGUUGAAAAAAGAUUAGAUAAGAUCUCCUCAAAUGAACUAAUAUCAUCUCUUGCAAAUACAUUUGUAGUGGGAUAUUCUGAAAUUGGCAAAAGUGAUGAAGAGGAGAGACACAAAGGGCUACAGACAUGGAUAUUGGACUCUUUUAAGGAAUUGCAUGACAUUCAGGCACAGAAACUUGCUGUAGCUGGUAUGAUAGUUGAAGAAAUAAGAGCUAGUAUAUACAACGAGACUGGAUUCAGAUGUUCCGCUGGAAUAUCACAGAACAAGAUAUUAGCAAAAUUAGCAUGCGGAUUACAUAAACCGAAUCGUCAAACAAUAUUGCCCGAAGCAGCUGUUGCAAGUCUUUACUCUACGCUGUCGGUGAAAAAAGUCAGAAACCUUGGUGGGAAAUUUGGUGACGUUGUAGUUGAGUCUCUUGGUUGUAAUGUUAUGGGGGAUUUAAUGCAAUAUUCUUUGGAACAACUGCAAAAACAUUUUGACGAGAAAACAGGAUUAUGGUUGUAUAAUAUUGCUCGAGGCAUAGACAAUGAGCCUGUCACCAAUAGAUUGCUAUCGAAGUCCGUCGGAGCAUGUAAGAAAUUUCCUGGAAAACAAGCCAUUACUUCUUUGGAAGUGUUAAAACAUUGGGCCGGAGAUUUAGCGGCAGAAGUUUGCGAGCGACUUGAGCAGGAUCUCAUAGAAAAUCAACGACGCGCAACAUUGCUCACCAUCUCUUAUCAUUACUAUCAGAACAGAAGUACCGUGUCCCAAUCUCGCUCACUUAUUUUGAACUCAUACAAGCCGGAAAAAAUGGCAAGCCAAUGUGUAGACGUUAUCACUAAAUCGACACAGUGUCCAGUGGCAUACAUAGGUAUUGUUGCCAGCAAAUUUGUACCGUCGAAGGAGAGUGGUAGUUUCCUGAAAUUCUUCAACACUGUUAAGUCGAAGAAUGACGGUGAAGUAAGUCCUCAGAUCGAUCAAAUGAAAAUUACAAGUUCGUCCGGAGAUAAGACGAAUCUCAAAUCGAAUUCUGAAGUAGUAGAAGCAAAAUCUUUCGCUGUCAUUAAUAGCAAAGAAGAUCAAUCUCCAAAAAUGGAAAAGAAGAAGCCUGUUACUAUUAACGGCAAGGAAGAGCCAGUUCGAAACACUGAGACUACUAUGGUCGAAAAAUCGGUCAAAACAACUAACGAAGCGACGAGAAAGGGUAACAAAAGAAUUAUUGAUAAUUCGUUAAACACGAACAUGGAGGAUUCGCCCACAUCGAGGAGAGUUUUCAAGCUGAUGCAGGUGUGCAACGAACACGACGAAGCCAAAUUAAGGAAUAAACGCAUGUCAAGUAUGGUAAUCAAUAAUAACGAUUUUCAAAGUUCCUUCUUUAUGAAUAUAUUCAAGACUAAUAAAAAAGAUUGUAACGAGAACGUCGACGAAAAUAGCGAUACUGCGGAGGAAUCAGAGCGGAGCGAACAAUCAAUCGUAUCCAACGCGAAUAAUCUAAAUACUAGUAAUGACACCGAUGAUAACAGUAAUUCAGAUUCGUGGAUACGAGAGAACGGUCAGGACAAACCGUCAUCGAGUUGUGCGCCCACUCUAGUGUCUAGCAACGACACGAAGAACUCCUCCGAGAAGAAGCUCAGAGAGGAAAGCACCGCGCAUAAUCCUUCGAAGCUACUGCGAGAGAUAUUUCCAAACCUGGACGACAUGGAUCCUGAUAUUUUGCUUCUACUACCACCCGAUUUGCAAGAGGAAGCUAGAUUAUAUGCGAGAUCGCGCGACAAGAAGCAGGAGAAGAUCGUGAAGGUUUCUCGCGACUUGCCAAUGAAAACGGCGAAAGGAAAACCUAGUAAGACCAAAGUCGCUGGCAAAGGAAAGAGACGCAGCCCCAUUUUAGAUAACUUCUUGAUCAAGACCGACUCGAGCGAGCUUUUGGAACGAUGUACUGAAUGUGGCCAGAUGAUAUCUGUAAUGAGAUACAGCGAGCAUAUAGAUUUUCAUGUCGCGCAGAAUUUGUAUCGAGAGAUCAACAAGCCAGAUUUGAGCGAGAAUAGUGUGAAAAGGAAACUUGAAGACACCGAAAUUGUUGUCACAUCCGCGAAACGUCAGUUGAAUAACAAUAAGUUCGAUGGAGACUCGUGAUCGAUAACUACGUUUUUGUCAUAAUCAUAAACACACUGGCCCAUCAAACAUUAUUCUUAUCAUUGCUAAUUAAAUCUUUCAUUAAUCGUGACGAUAUUUUAACAUGUCUCUUGUAACAAUUGGAGAAAUUGUGAGAAAUAUAUUGUAUGUACAUUCUUUUUAUAAUUGUAAAUCGUAGUUAUAAGUGUUUGAUUUAUUUCAUGAAACUUG